UAUCCCUAUAAUUUAAAAAAUAGAGAAAGUGUCGUAACUUAAGUGGUCCUACAUAGUGUAGAUGCCCUUAAUCCAUUUGCAAAUUGCAGGUGCACUUUGAUUAAGAUUACGUUUGUGAAUCUAUCUGAAUCCUGAUCCCGUUUAUCAACAGCUUCAUCUACUCAGUGGAGAAACCUGUAACAGAUUGAAAUGGCCAGUGAAAAUGGUGAAUGCCUUGGAUGGGCCGCGAGAGAUCCCUCUGGAACUCUCUCUCCUUACCGAUUUAGUCGCAGGUCUGUUGGUCCUGAUGAUAUUUCUAUAAGUAUUCUGUACUGCGGAGUUUGUUAUGCUGAUGUUGCCUGGACUAGAAACGUAAUGGGCCAUUCAAAUUAUCCUUUGGUGCCCGGACAUGAGAUUGUUGGGGUUGUGAAGGAGGUGGGAUCAAACGUUGAUCGCUUUAAAGUUGGUGAGCACGUCGGGGUGGGAACUUAUGUAAAUUCUUGCAGACAGUGUGAGUAUUGUGAUAGUGGAAUAGAAGUCCAUUGUACCAAGGGAUCGGUCUACACAUUUGAUGGCGUAGAUGUCGAUGGUACCAUCACUAAGGGAGGAUAUUCUAGCUACAUUGUAGUUCACCAAAGGUACUGCUUCAGGAUACCUGAGAAUUACCCUCCAGAGUUAGCAGCACCGUUGCUAUGUGCUGGGAUUACUGUGUACACCCCCAUGGUGCGGCAUAACAUGAAUCAACCCGGAAAAUCCUUAGGGGUGAUUGGGCUAGGUGGGCUCGGCCAUUUAGCCGUCAAGUUUGGCAAGGCUUUUGGGUUGAAAGUUACAGUUUUCAGCACCUCCAUAUCCAAGAAGGACGAGGCAUUGAAUCUUCUCGGGGCAGACUGUUUUGUCAUCUCUUCCAAUGAAAAGGAGAUGAAGGCUUUGGAGAACUCACUAGAUUUCAUCAUAAACACAGCAUCCGGAGGUGCCUCGUUUGAUUUAUACUUGUCGCUGCUCAAGACCAUGGGCGUGCUUGUUUUGGUUGGGUUUCCAAGCGAAGUGAAGUUCCAACCGGGAAGCCUGAACCUAGGCGCAAAAACAAUUGCGGGAAGUAUAACAGGUGGAACAAAGCAGACACAAGAAAUGCUGGCCUUUUGUGCUUCCCACAAGAUUUACCCCGAAAUCGAGAUGGUUCCCAUUAGCUAUUGCAACGAGGCCCUAGAGCGGCUGGUGAAGAAGGAUGUGAAAUACCGGUUUGUGAUCGAUAUUGCCAACACUCUUACCUAAGCUCAAUACUGUGGAUUAAAGUGACUGCAAAGAUUUUAGCUCAGGCGUACGUCUGCAAUUAUUUGUCAGUUGGAGGGCUUAGUUGCAAGUUAGUUAAUUGAGCCGUUAUGACAAGCCACGCCGUUUUGCUUUAUUUUUUGUUAAUUCUGUUAUUAGCUCAGAACGCGCUUUAUGCUGUGAGCGAGUUCAUCUUCUUCCCCGCGAUUUGAGAGAAAAACUGAGUGAGUUUUGUGUGAGUUAAUUGCUGUAAUCUUGAGUUGAGUUUCUUGAGAUUGAGAGAAAGCAUUGUACACUCAACUCCGGUGAGAUUCCGGCGAUUGGAAUAAAUAGAUUUCUGACCCCCCGUUGACGUAGGCUUUUAUAGCCGAACCACGUAAA